AUGAACGCAACAGACAGGAACGUGAGUGCGAAGGUACAAAAGCACGUUAAUGGGAAAAUUCAGCAGUUAAUAGAUAUAAUGGAGACAAUAUAUGAUAAGAACUAUGAAAAAACGUUUUUAGUACAACGUGUGGUAAAGGACACAUUAGCUUCCUCUGAAAUGUAUGAUAUCAUAGUAAAUGCAUUAGUGGAAAAAGCAGUACCUAUGGUAAUCGAGGGAAUCAAGACGGAAAGUAAAACCAUACAAAGACCACUGUCAGAACCUCAGACAUCUCGGGAGUUUCCAUGUGUUAAAGAACAACCGCUAUUAGCCGAUGCCCUUAUUGAGACCACGGAGAAUGAAAGUUUCCAGGAAGUAAAGAAAAAGCAAAGAAGGAAAAAGGCUCUUCCACAAGUGGCCAAAGAGAUCGAGGCCUCUAAACCUAUAGCAGAGGAAAGUUUGACCAAGAAAAGGUCUACACAUCAGACUACGAUGGCCGAUAUUGUUAAAGGGCUUCCAUUAAAACCGAUGGAUACUACAAGACCAACUUAUGUUACCAUCGCUUCUCAAGGUAAAAGUGCAGCUGACAUCAUCAACAACCUGCCUUCUCCAACUGAACUAGGAGUCAAGGCGAGAGUUGUACGGGCGACCAAAGCUGGCUCAGUUUUAGUUUGUGUAGAUGAGGGUGCCCAUGCGAAAAAAAUAAUUGAAUGGCAAAAAUUAAAAGAAGUUGGGAUGGAGGCAAAACUAGCCUUAAAAAGAAAACCAAAAGUGGAGGUAAAAGGAGUUCCCCUUUCAUAG